AUUUAGGAUUUAGUCGACCAGCAAAAGAUGAUCUGGAAAGCUUAGAAACGAAAAUAUAUGGAAUCAUGCCAUAUAUUGCACCUGAAGUGUUAAUCAAAAAGCAAUAUUCAUUUAGUUCAGAUAUCUAUAGUUUAGGAAUGAUUAUGUGGGAACUUACAUCUGGACUGCGUCCUUUCUAUAAUAAGGCAUAUGAUUCACAUCUUAUGCUUGAUAUAUGUAAUGAAAAUCUUCCGUUACGACCAAAUAUCACAGAAGAUACACCACAUUGUUGGGCAAUUUUGAUGCAAAAAU